AUGGAAAAAUCUUGGUCAAGAACUGAUCUUCCAAUUGAUCUUUAUUACACAUCAAUAAUAAUUCCAUUAGAUUCUCCAAUUGGACAAGAAAUUUUCUCUAAAUCAUUUCAUUCAUCUUAUGAUAAUUUACAUGAAAAUUUUCAAUAUCAAGAACAUCUUUCGUUCUGUGGUAUUGCUUGUAUAUCAACAUUAUUAAAUACAAUCUUAUCAAAUGAAAAAUCAAAUCAACAAAUGAUUUAUUCGACAAUUGCAAAAGAUUUUAUGUUCAAUGGAAUCACAUUAACAAAUCUAUCAAAUGUUUUAAAAUAUUAUGGAAUAUCUUCUCAAAUUAAAUAUUCUCAAGAUAAAAAAAUUGAAGAAGAAUUUCGACGAGAUUUAAAUCGUGAAGAUAUUUUUCUUAUUGUUAAUUAUUGGAGACAAUAUCAUAUUAAAGAAAAUGAUUAUCUUCAUCAAAGUGGACAUUUUUGUCUUAUUGGAGGUUUUAAUUCAAUCACUGAUCAUGUACUUCUUCUUGAUCCAAAUAAUAAAAGAUUUCCUCAUCAUUGGUUAUCAAUUAAACAUUUAAUUCAAAUGAUUUCAACAUAUGAUCAAAUGGCAUCAAUGUCAAGAGGAUAUUUGAUCAUUAAUCGACAAAAAUAA